UUCCCCUUUGUUACAAAAGCAGAUUUUGUCAGUAAUUUCCAGUCACUUCCAGAAAAAUACACUAUUAGAAUCCUUUCCGAAUGUCACCAAGUACAAAAUAGAUGUAGCAAGAGAUUACUCGAAGAAAGGUGGUAUGGCUGAGCCUCAGAAGUUGCCCAAGUCAACCAAGUUCUCUAUACUUCCACAAGAACAGGUGCAGCACUUUGUUGACUUUAUAUCUCAACCACAGUAUGUCCAAGAUGUUGCAUUUGGAGAGAGAACACUUAAACUGUCCACAGGACAAAAGAUACAUAUACCUGACAUUGUAAGAACAGUAAUAGGUAGCAGAAUAAUUUCCUCUUACACAGCAUACUGUGAAGAAACUAGCUUUCAUCCAUGCAAAAGGUCAACACUUUACGAAUUACUAAGGAACUGUUCUGCAACUCAAAGGAAGAGUCUGUGUGGACUGGACAACACUACUGCUGAUGGUAUAUGCUCACUGGAGAAGAUGAUUUCUAUAGCAGAAGCAAUGGAAAGCUAUGGUGCAUUGUCACAUGUUUCACAGGAUAUUGCAAAAAGAUUAAGAGCCGGUAAGCAAUACCUCACAUGUGACUACAGAUGGCAUAUUACGCAGGAAAAUAGUGUACCAGACCACUGCAUCCAGUAUGCACUGAGUAACCCAGAUAAUCAUGAAUUUAGUUCUAAAUGUGACCACAGCCAUAUGGAGAAGUGCUAGAACUGUGAGGAUCUUGCUCAGGUUAUGGAUGAUCUAGAGCAGUUGAUCAUUGAUGGAAAGUAUCCUUCAGCAGAAAUCAAAACAGAAUUUAUGCACGACUUCAUGAACUGUAGAGGAAAGGUAAUACAAUGGAAACAACACAUACUUAGAACGGUCAACCAAAAGAAUGCAAAGCAUUAUGUUCUCCAGAACCUGGAUUCAACAUCAGUUCUCAUUGUGUUAGACUGGGCUAUGAAGUUCUUACCAUGGUAUGACAGAGAGAGACAAACAGAUUACUAUGGUAAAAAAGGGAUUAACUGGCACAUUAGUGUGGUUUUGAUGCGCUCAGAUAAUGACCAGUACUUUUCAGAAUGUUAUGCCCACCUUUUCAACAGUUUUCCUCAAGGCUGGUAUACAGUGGCUUCUAUUAUCGAGCACCUUUUCUCUGAAAUCAAGUCAAGACAUCCAACCAUCACAUCUGCAUAUUUGCGCAGUGACAAUGCGGGAUGUUACCACUGUGGUCCACUAGUGGCAUCAAUUCCAGGGAUAUCCGAAAGAACAGGAAUUAGAGUGUGUAGAAUUGAUUUCAGUGAGGCACAGAGCGGAAAAGAUAUCUGUGAUAGAACAGCACCUUUAAAAUUCCAUGCCAAACAUUAUGGAAAUGAGGGGCAUAAUAUUGCAAAUGCAGUGGAGCUAAAAGAGGCACUUGAGAGCUAUGGGGGUGUUCAGAACACUAGAGUAUAUGUAGCAGAGGUUGAUUUCUCUUACCAGAAGCUUCGAAAAUGUUCAAUUCCAGUGAUCAACCAUCUAACCAAUUUCAUGUUCCAGCCAGAUGGUCUCACAGCUUGGCAAGCUUACAAUGUAGGAGUUGGUAGGAAAAUGACAAAUUUUGAACUUAAGCAACUAAGCAAUGGUGUGCAAGGAGAAACAGCGUUGAAGAUUUUGGAAGAUGCAAAGCUGCAAAUGGGAAGUGUGAGAGGAAGACAAUCAAAAGUAGUCAAAGUUAAAAAGCCACGAAUGACCAUUGAAGAAAGCAGAGAAGACCAUGAAAUGGAAGUUGACAGAUGUUCUGGUACCGUAGAGUCAGCAGGUAGAAAUGAGGAAUGUUCUACAUAUGUCUGUUGUGAAUGUGGAGCCUCUUUCUCCUCACUAGCAGAUUUCAACAUGCACCAUGAUAUUGGAGAUCACAACAUUACUUCAGAAGAUAAAGUAAAGUUGUUAUGGUCCCAUAAAUGUUCCUCAAUUAAGGAGACACUCAUCAGCAUGACAUCUGUUGGUGGUAGUGACACUGUGUCAUCAAAAAGUGAAGGAAAAAUGGGGUGGGCACUUAAGAAACAACGACAGUGCAGGAGAUUCAGCCCAGCUGUAAAAGACUUUUUGUUUAAUUUGUAUACAGAGGGAGAGAGAACAGGGCAGAAGUACUCUCCAACCGAUGCUUCCAAACUUAUUCGUUGUGCCAGGGAUCAGAAUGGUGUAAGAACAUUUCACACAGAUGAUUGGUUAAGCACACAACAAAUUCAGGGAUUGUUCUCUAGAUUUACUCAGAAAUCUCUUUUACUUAAAACAACAGAAGAGGUUGAUAUUGACCUGGAAGAAAUUUUAAAAGAUAUAGCAGAUCGAGAGAAACAGGAGAAAGAAUCAGCCAUGAUUGACAGAUUGUGCGAAACUGUGACAGACAAUGUUUAGUUCUGGGGAAAGAGAAAGAAUCAGCCAUGAUUGGCAUAUUGUGCGAAACUAUGACAGACAAUGUUUAGUUCUGGGGAAAGAGAAAGAAUCAGCCAUGAUUGACAGAUUGUGGGAAACUGUGACAGACAAUGUUUAGUUCUGGGGAAAGAGAAAGAAUCAGCCAUGAUUGACAGAUUGUGCGAAAAUGUGACAGACAAUGUUUAGUUCUCAGGUGACUUAAAGAUUACAGACAAUGUAGAAGUUGAUACUGACUUAGAAGAUAUAGCAGAUGGAGAGAGACAGGAGAAAGAAUCAGCCAUGAUUGACAGAUUGUGCAAAACCGUGACAGACAAUGUUUAGUUCUCAGGUGACUUAAAAAUAACAGACAAUGUAGAAGUUGAUACUGACUUAGAAGAUAUAGCUGAUGGAGAGAGACAGGAGAAAGAAUCAGCCAUGAUUGACAGAUUGUGCGAAACUGUGACAGACAAUGUUUAGCUUUCCUGAAAGAAAGUAUUAGCAUCGCAUGGCCACUUUGGCUUGUUGUAGCAGAUUUAUUUCUUUUUCUAAAUUAAGUUGUUUAAUUUCAUAAAUAUUUUGACUUUAUAAUGUGGAUCUGAUUUAAAUUAUGGCUUCAACCUUCUGAAUCUUCUGGAAGUCAUGAUUGACAAACCUGAAUCUACACUACCUGAGAAUGCUUCCUUCUAAAUUAAGUCUUAUAAUUUUUCUGAUUUUUAAAGAUCCCAUGCAUAUCCCUCUGUGAAAUUUAAUUGCAUAUUGCUUACCUAUUGAAGCUUUCACCUAAGUUUGAUGUUUAAU